AUGAUCACAGAUACUCUUCUCACUUUGGCUACUGAGCAUUGGCCUUCACUAUUGAUUGUUGGAUUCGCCAUCUAUCUUGCUACCAAUCGAUUCAACCGAGGUCUAAAUAAAUAUCCAGGGCCAACGCUUGCUUCUUUUACGGAUUGGUGGAGAUUCUAUGAUGUAUACAAGCGUCGAGCAGAAGUGACCCAGCAGAAGUUACAUGCCGAACAUGGCGAUGUUUCCGCAUUCUACCCCGUUCAACAAGCUGUGAAAAAUGGCCACCCUCUCCCAUCACUCUUUAGCACCUUGUCUGAGCCUUUCCAUGCACAACUUCGACGUUCAGUCAACUCUGCAUUCAGCAUGUCAUCUGUUGUUCAAUACGAACCACUGGUCACUCGUACUACCGAAAUCUUCCUCUCUCGCACCGCUGACCUCUAUACUUCGCUAAGUGGUCAUUCAUCAUGCGACUUUGCAAGAUGGUUACAAUUUUACGCCUUUGACGUAAUUGGUGAAAUGACAUACUCUAAACGCCAUGGAUUUCUCGAGGAAAACCGAGAUGUCGACGGUAUAGUAUCCUACCUAGCAAAUCUCUUCGACUAUGUUGCUCCAAUUGGGCAAAUUCCCAUCCUAGAUCGAUUAUUCCUUAAGAAUCCUUUAUACUUGCUAGCCGCGAAAUACGGCCUCAUAGACGUAACGUUCCCGGUCGCCAAAUUCGCAGCUCAACGUGUACAAGAACGAUAUCCCAAAACAGAUGGAAAUGGAAUCCUACCCACCGUCGACGCGGAAGUCAAAACAGACAUUUCACAACCAGAUUUAUUGUCGAAAUUCAUCCAGGCAAAACAUGCUAGACCAGAAUUUAUGACGGAUGAUCUCGUCAUGACAAUGGCUGUCUCGAUGGCUUUUGCAGGAUCUGAAACUACAGCUAUUUCCCUCAGUGCAGUGUUUUAUUAUUUACUGAAAAAUGAACGCUGUAUGCAAAAAUUAAUGCGCGAAAUUGAUGGAAAAGCUAUGGAAGGAUAUUUUGCAGAUGGUAAAACGGGAUUGGUCAGUUGGACGGAAAGUCAAGGAUUACCGUAUUUGGAUGCCUGUAUUAAGGAAGCUUUUCGUUUACAUCCAGCAGCUGGGUUACCGCUUGAAAGAGUGGUGCCGGAACAGGGAUUGGAGAUUGCGGGGGAGUGGAUUAAGGGAGGCACGAUUGUGGGGUGUAAUGCUUGGGUGAUUCAUCAUAGGAGGGAGAUUUUCGGAGAGGAUGUGGAAGUUUUUAGACCGGAGAGAUGGUUGGUGGAUGAGGAGAAGGAUGGAGAGGCGGAAGAAAAAAGAAUUAAGGAGAUGAAUGGGACGAUGUUGAUGUUUGGGAUGGGAGCAAGAUCGUGUAUUGGGAGGAAUAUUAGUCUUUUGGAGAUUUACAAGUUGGUUCCUAGUUUUUUGAGGAGGUUUGAGAUCGCACUCGAACACCCAGAUCAAGAAUGGACCUUACGCAACUCAUGGUUCGUAGGUAACUUACUUAUUAGAUAUUUACUACUCACUACCUACCUAGUAGCUGCAGAUGGUAGAGUUAGAGUGGCUCAUGGAUGUAUGGUAAGGUAA